UCCUGCCUCAGCCUCCCGAGUAACUGGGAUUACAGGCACACUCCACCACGCCCAGCUAAUUUUUGUAUUUUUAGUAGAGAUGGGGUUUCACCAUGUUGGCCAGGAUGGUCUCGAUCUCCUGACCUCAUGAUCCGCCUGCCUCGGCCUCCCAAAGUGCUGGAAUUACAGGUGUGAGCCACUGUGGCUGGCACAAUUAUAACAUUUUAUUUCCUAGAAUAUGAAUAUCAUAAUACUACCUAUGUACAAUUGCUUGUUAAGAACUUAUUCAGUAUGUUCAUGAACUUGAUUACUAACUCUUAAGAGGUAGAAUGUUCAUUACUGCCCUCUUUUGACACAGGGAUAUAGAAGCCUAUCUUCUUUUUCUUAGUUCAGGGUUAAAAUUAGAUUGCAAAAUAAGUUACACUUUAUGUCCUUCCUGUAAUUUUUAAGAUAACUUUUCAAAUUCUUCCUCUUUUUAGGGUCUCUGGUUAAUCAUCUUUAGAAGACUGGAUUUCUGGAUAUCUACUGCACUCCAUCUCUAUUGACUUUUAAAACAUGAUAAUGCAAACCUAUAACACUGGCAACCAUCAAUGAACCUUUAAUUUCACUGAUUAAUAGCGUUUGAAGCUUCCUCAGGGAAUAACAAUGACAUCAGCAGUGGUUGACAGUGGAGGUACUAUUUUGGAGCUUUCCAGCAAUGGAGUAGAAAAUCAAGAGGAAAGUGAAAAGGUUUCUGAAUAUCCAGCAGUGAUUGUGGAGCCAGUUCCAAGUGCCAGAUUAGAGCAGGGCUAUGCAGCCCAGGUUCUGGUUUAUGAUGAUGAGACUUAUAUGAUGCAAGAUGUGGCAGAAGAACAAGAAGUUGAGACCGAGAAUAUGGAAACAGUGGAAGCAUCAGUUCAUAGCAGUAAUGCACACUGUACAGAUAAGACAAUUGAAGCUGCUGAAGCCCUGCUUCAUAUGGAAUCUCCUACCUGCUUGAGGGAUUCAAGAAGUCCUGUGGAAGUGUUUGUUCCUCCUUGUGUAUCAACUCCAGAAUUUAUCCAUGCUGCUAUGAGGCCAGAUGUCAUUACAGAAACUGUAGUGGAGGUGUCAACUGAAGAGUCUGAACCAAUGGAUACCUCUCCUAUUCCAACAUCACCAGAUAGCCAUGAACCAAUGAAAAAGAAAAAAGUUGGCCGUAAACCAAAGACCCAGCAAUCACCAAUUUCCAAUGGGUCUCCUGAGUUAGGUAUAAAGAAGAAACCGAGAGAAGGAAAAGGAAACACAACCUAUUUGUGGGAGUUUCUUUUAGAUCUACUUCAAGAUAAAAAUACUUGUCCCAGGUAUAUUAAAUGGACUCAGAGAGAAAAAGGCAUAUUCAAGCUGGUGGAUUCAAAGGCUGUCUCUAAGCUUUGGGGAAAGCAUAAGAACAAACCAGACAUGAACUAUGAAACCAUGGGACGAGCUUUGAGAUACUACUACCAAAGGGGAAUUCUUGCAAAGGUUGAAGGACAGAGGCUUGUAUAUCAGUUCAAGGAUAUGCCCAAAAACAUAGUGGUCAUAGAUGAUGACAAAAGUGAAACCUGUAAUGAAGAUUUAGCAGGAGCUACUGAUGAAAAAUCAUUAGAACGAGUGUCACUAUCUGCAGAAAGUCUCCUGAAAGCAGCAUCGUCUGUUCGCAGUGGAAAAAAUUCAUCCCCUAUAAACUGCUCCAGAGCAGAGAAGGGUGUCGCUAGAGUUGUGAAUAUCACUUCCCCUGGGCACGAUGCUUCAUCCAGGUCUCCUACUACCAAUGCAUCUGUGUCAGCAACAGCAGCUCCAAGGACAGUUCGUGUGGCAAUGCAGGUACCUGUUGUAAUGACAUCAUUGGGUCAGAAAAUUUCAACUGUGGCAGUUCAGUCAGUUAAUGCAGGUGCACCAUUAAUAACCAGCACUAGUCCAACAACAGCGACCUCUCCAAAGGUAGUCAUUCAGACAAUCCCUACUGUGAUGCCAGCUUCUACUGAAAAUGGAGACAAAAUCACCAUGCAGCCUGCCAAAAUUAUUACCAUCCCAGCUACACAGCUUGCACAGUGUCAACUGCAGACAAAGUCAAAUCUGACUGGAUCAGGAAGCAUUAACAUUGUUGGAACCCCAUUGGCUGUGAGAGCACUUACCCCUGUUUCAAUAGCUCAUGGUACACCUGUAAUGAGACUAUCAAUGCCUACUCAGCAGGCAUCUGGCCAGACUCCUCCUCGAGUUAUCAGUGCAGUCAUAAAGGGGCCAGAGGUUAAAUCGGAAGCAGUGGCAAAAAAGCAAGAACAUGAUGUGAAAACUUUGCAGCUAGUAGAAGAAAAACCGGCAGAUGGAAAUAAGACAGUGACCCACGUAGUGGUUGUCAGUGCGCCUUCAGCUAUUGCCCUUCCUGUAACUAUGAAAACAGAAGGACUAGUGACAUGUGAGAAAUAAAAUAGCAGCUCCACCGUGGACUUCAGGCUGUUAGUGGCAGUACUGACAUAAACAUUUGCAAGGGAAGUCAUCAAGAAAAGUCAAAGAAGACUUUAAAACAUUUUUAAUGCAUAUACGAAAACAAUCAGACUUACUGGAAAUAAAUUACCUAUCCCAUGUUUCAGUGGGAAAUGAACUACAUAUUGAGAUGCUGACAGAAAACUGCCUCUUACAGUAGGAAACAACUGAACCCAUCAAUAAGAAAAAGGAUUGAAAGGGACCAAGCAGCUCACUACGAUAUCAAGUUACACUAAGACUUGGAACACUAACAUUCUGUAAGAGGUUAUAUAGUUUUCAGUGGGAGGGGUUGGGAUGGGUGAUCUUAUUGUUACAUAUAGCAAUUUUUGAUGCAUUUUAUAUGCAUACCAGCAAUUAUUACUGUGUUCGCACAGUUCUCACUUAACUGGUGCUAUGUGAAGACUCUGCUAAUAUAGGUAUUUUAGAAUGUGAAUUGAAGAAUGGAUCCCAAAAACUUCAGAAAGAGGAUAGCAAAAAAAGAUCUAGUGCGAUUUUUUAUAUAUAUAUAUAUAUACACACACACAUAUAUAUAUAUCAUAUAGCUUAAGCUGAUUUAAAACAAAGGCCUUAGACUAAUUUUCGGUUUUCUUUCUUGAAAUAAGCUAAUGGCUUGUUUGUGUAAAGCUUUUUUAUUAAAAGAAAAAUUUUAAAAAUCUUGUACCUAGCACAGUAUUGUUAUAGAAUUUACAUGUAACAUUUUAUAUGGUAGUUUAAGUCUGUCAGUUUCUUAAUUGUGGACAGAUUAACAGUUGGCUCUGGCCUUUUGCUGUAACAUGCCUGUGUCACUCAGCCCUGGCAUUUGUGCAGACAUAUCAUUUUCAGUUCUGCUGUCACUUGGAAGUUCAGGCUCAGCAUGAAUUUUUGUCAGGUAGCUCUAAUACCUGGAGUUUUCUUUCUUUCUUUCUUUUUUUUUCAGUUGAAGUUUAUGAGGGAAAUACCAGUGUUCAGAUUUGAACUAUAAUAGUUUGUAUAUUCAACAUUUGAAGUAUAUUCUAUUUUGUUGUACUCUUGUUUCAAAGUGUAUUCAAGUAGGUUUUCUGAAAUAUAGAAAUGAAAUUUAUCUUC